AUGAUGAGGUUCAAUCACAGUGUAGUCGUUAGCAAUGUUUUAAUUGUCUUGUCGGAUGCUGCAAGGCAAGACAAAUUCGGAGGUUUUAAAGUCAAUCCAGACUCAAUUAAGCAGGUUUCUAUAUCCACAGACGGCUCGGAAAGCACAACAAAAGGUAAAUUUUACAAAGAAAUUGUUAAAUGUUUACACAUAUUCUUCCGAAAACGGACUUUUUCUAAUUGUAUUCCGUAUCUGUUUAAUUCAAAAACUCAUUUCUGUGAGUGAUAUAUUUCCAGGUUUUUUUUUUUGCCGUUGCUGUUGCUUUUGUUCAUCUAAACAAAAUCCUACUUUUAAAAAUUAUUAUAGAGAGAGUAACACCUUACUUUUCCUUCGUACCAAGCCAAUUAGAGUAAACGUUUUUCGGUCAUAAGUCUAAGCUAUGUAGUGAGAGCAGUGUAUCGACCAGGAUCAGUGUUAAUGUUGUUUGAAUGUUAUUUCAUCAAGCUUUGUAAAAUAACUCAUUUUAGGUCCUGAGGAAUGUAACUGCCCAUCUAACAACGUCUUGUUAGCCAUAAUUGGGGUUCUUGCCUUCACAAUCCUUCUUCUAAUUAUUUACAUAAUCUGGCUACACAGGAAAGGUAGGUAAAAAAUCAUUAUUUAUGAUAGAGGGUUUGGCUUCAAGAUUCAUUUAUGAGCGAAAGCAAAUUUUGACCCACAUCCGCAUCAUUUGUCUUUUUUUUCCUUUCGUUCUUUUUUAGGCGCUGUAGGGAAAGAGAGGUAAGAAUUUGCUGCCAGUUGGAUUUUGUCGAUGUCAUGUAACAGAUAUGGUUUCAUCGUAACAAAAACAAUUCUACUUAAAGCUGAUGAAAUUCUCAGCUUUUUGUAAAUAUUUGUAUGCUUUCUCAAUUGUAGGACUUAUAAAGAUGAAAGAGGUGAUUAUGACGUAAGUAAGAGCCAGGACAUUGCAGAAAUUACGUAAUCUCGCUUUACUUCUACUUUCUAUAAGAAAUUAAACGCUUGCAGCAAACAAGAAGGAAAAAAGGCGUAGUUCUACAACAAAAAAGCAUAUUGCAUUUGUGGCAGAUACAAUGAAAUAGAAGGAAGUCAGACUCAAUAAAGUCUUUGUCCUGGGAUCAUGUCCUUAACCAAGAUACUCCACGGAUUUGCCUUCGGUUUUCCCUGGUUUAACUUGGCUGCUUCACUUCGUAGAUCGCUAACUGGUCUGCACCCGGUUGAUAUUUGCUCUCUAAAUAAUUGUUUUUGCGCAUUUUUGGCCUUCUUAUUUUCUUGAUGCCUUACUUUCUAAACGUUAAUUUAGGAACUGAUAACAGCUACAGUUUUUUUUCGUGCGUGCAUUUUUCAAAAAUUGCACUACCAAUCGUAAAUCUCCAUGUUGUAGCUUCGGCGAAUAUGCUAUGAACCUCGAUCACUCCAUUGGACAUAACAGUUUCAAAAGCAGAGGAAAAAACCGUUAAUAAUAGUAAAUGUUCAUAAUGAUAAGGACAAGAGAUAGUAAACCAUUUGUAAUCUCUUGUUAGGGAAGGAUUUAAAUCUUUGUGUGAUAAACCAUGAGUAAACUGAUUUUUAUAACCAUGUGGGACUUUUUACCGGGAUUAAUAACAGAUUUAUAUAUGGAUACCUUAACGGUAUGUUGGUUUAAUAGAAUGAAACAGGAUUAGAUGAUAUCGAACCAACUAUACCCGAGUCGAGAAAACUCACUCAGCCUCCUGCGGAAUACAUGGAUCUCAUAGAAGUCAACAAAGAUAAUAGAAAAGCACAAAGUACCGCUUCAGGUGCCGAUUACGUGCCUCUUCAUCCGUUAGCACGCUGCUGGGAAGUUCCAAGACACCACGUGACCAUAGAAAAAAUCAUUGGUAAAGGUGCUUUUGGUCAAGUUGCCAAGGGAACAGUGGUAGGACUUCGAGGGAGUCCCGAAACGACCACAGUGGCUAUUAAGAUGCUUAAAAGUGAGCUCUUAUACUGUAAAUAGAAUAACAGUCUUGGCGUACAGUCAUUCAGGAAAUGUUACCGGGUUACCGUAAUUUUUUAGCUAUUUGCCAUAUCAUAACUUAUUUCGGCAUUUCGCAUGUUAUUCCCGUUAACCAAUUUUUAUUCCUUGUUUUUAAUGCUCCAGCAAACGCAGCUGAAUCGGACAAGAGAGAUUUGAUGAAUGAACUUGACACAAUGAAGCAGCUGAAACCACAUCCUCACGUCAUUAAACUACUGGGAUGUGUUACAGAAUCUGGUAUGCUUUGGUUAUGCGGGUCUAAUUUUGCUGUACACAUUUUGGUUAUGGUUUACUCUGAAACGCUUUCUAGUCAUUGAUAAUUUGCUUUAAUGGAAGAUUCACUGCUUCACCGUUGAGCACGACAAACAACCCUGGUAUAAGGUAAUUUUAUAUUUUUUAGCCAACAAAGACGCUCCUGGAUUUACUGAUAGCCUAAGACCAAAUAUUUGCCACUGAACAGGCUAGAAAGCAAACAAGCAGAAACGCUUGUUGUAAGGGAAUAUUUAGUCCGUUUCUUCUUGAGAGAACAUUACAUAGUUUUUCAGCUUUUCUUGGUAAAACCAUCUUGUUUUCGUGAGUAUUGAUCAUAAUUGGGCUAUUUAUUGAUUUUAUUUAUUGAAAUUUCAUCUUUUUUCAGUAAUUUAUCAAUUAAAUUGUUUAAUUUCUUCAGAACAGCUGUUGGUUUUGAUUGAAUAUGUGCCUUUUGGGGAUCUACUGGGUUACCUGAGAAAGAGCCGGGGAUUAAAGGACACAUACUACAAGGACCCGGAUUUUAAACCGCAAACAAAUUUGACGUCACAGCAGCUGAUGAAGUUUGCUUGGCAAAUUGCUGAUGGAAUGUGUUACUUGUCCUCAAAAUCUGUAAGUUAAUUAAGAAUACAAAAGACAAACAAUUCUGAAACCUUCUGGUAAGGUGUAUCGUCAUGUUAAGCUCUGUCUUGCAUAGAAUAUUAUGUCUUCACAAGAUCACGCCCGGGAGAUGCAAACGUAUUCUUACCGUCUUGUUGAGGCCACCUCUUUAGGGCCGGAACCCUCUCAAUUUUGACGUCAUCUAAGUUUUAUUCCAAUGGGUGAAUGACCAUAUUUCUGCAUCGUUGCAAGUGUACCCCAUCGAUAUAAAAUAUCUUGGUUUUUCUCGUGUAGGCAAAGGCAGAGACGAGAGUGAAAAGGAUCCUUCAGGAUAUUUAGCCUAAACUGUGUGUACAACAAAUAUCCAUUUUAGUGACAAGGAAGAAAAAGAAUUAAAUCUUGAAAUUCAAAAAUUCGUCUUUGGUCGUUAAUCUGCUACGUUACAGAAUCCUAUUUCGAUUAAAAUCUGAUAAGCGUUCUAUGAAAUAACUGCGUAUUGCACAAAUAAAGUAGUUUGCUUCUCUCUGGAAUAUGGAGCAGUGUUUAUAGUAAUUUAAUUUUCUGCCAUCUGGAAGAAAGAAAAACACACACAUCAUAUCAUGUUGCUUGAUAUUACUAUUUUCCUAUCUGAACCAUUUCAUUUCAGUUCUUUUUCUUAUGCAAUCGCUAAUUUCUUUUUGUUGCAUCAAUUCUUUCCUAGAUCAUUCACCGAGACCUUGCGGCCCGCAAUGUGUUGGUUGGACAAAAGGAAACGUGUAAAGUGACAGACUUCGGAAUGGCCAGAGAUGUGCAGAAGGAAAAUAUUUAUGAACGAAAGACUAAGGUAAUCAAGAAAGAGGGAAGGUGCUAAAGCUGAUAUAUUCCUGAUUUCGAUCAUGAAUUCCUUGGAAUGAACCCCAAUAAAAAUAUUAGCCAUGCGUACACGAGUCUAACUUCGAAUAUCAUUGUCUUUGACUAGUCGCUUCCUAUCAUUUUUGAGCUGCUUCACAAAGUGAUAUUUUUAAAUGUUUAGGGCCGUCUUCCCGUGAAGUGGACAGCUUAUGAGGCCUUGUUGUAUGGUAAAUAUACCACCAAAAGUGACGUGUAAGUAUUACCCGUAGCAGUUUUCCAACAAGUUUUAUCAAUUUUUAUCAAGAAAUUAAUUCUAUGCUUUUUCAAAGGAUACAUAUAUUUUAUUUGUGAUAUAUACUGUUUAAGUCUACCAUAUUAUUUCUGCAGAUGGAGUUAUGGAGUUUUGCUGUACGAGAUUUUCACCAUAGGUAACAUCGAAUGGAAGUUUAUAAGGCUCUGUGGAUGUUUUUUUUGCUAUAUAACAUGUUUAAUUAAACAAUGCAACGUGUUUAGUUAGACAAAGGUGAUGAGCUUCCCCAUGCAACCUCAAACUCCAUCAAGAGACACAGGUGGUGUUUCAGCAAAGUUCGUUUUUUCGUCACAAUUAUAUUUCGAUGGUCUUGUGGUUCUUUCAGGCGGUUCACCCUACCCACGAAUGGAUGGAAGAAAAAUUGCAAACUUACUUCAGGAUGGAUACAGGAUGCCUAAACCACAACAUGUAGAUGAAAACUUGUAAGUUUUCUUUUUCAAAUCGUUCUCUCUUAUUGUACUGAGAAACGUUGUUUAAAUCUCUAACAGAUCAUUUGAACAAUUCCAGGUAUCAGAUCAUGAUGAAAUGCUGGAAGAAUGAACCAGAUGCAAGACCAACCUUCACUGAAUUGAGAAACCAGCUGAAGGACAUGGAAAACUUACACAAGGUUAGAAUUUUGAUCAACAUGAAAGUUUCUUUUCACGUGAAACCGACUGGUCUAGGCUCAGCUAACUGGGGUUUUAACCUUAACAGCAUUGAGCCAAGAUAGGUUACAAUACGUACUCAUCUCUGUAAUUUUUACGAAGUGUCGAUUCCAUCUUUUUGUGAUGUCACUGUAGCUAGCACUCCGCGAAAAACAGCGGAGAAAUGCGCUCGAAUUUCUCAAUGGCAACUGACACUUUAUGGUUAUUUCAAAGAUCAUAGGAUGAUUGCAAAAGUGUAUUAAGACGCAUGAACGGUAUCAGACGACGAAGCCAUAAAACACUUUCUCCUUGAAUUUGUUUUGGUGAGAAAAGCUGACGGUUAGGAAGGAUAACCGCUCAUAACAUAAGAGGAACACUUUUUUAAUGAUGGUGAUUAUUGUCUUAUUUUUCUCUGCAGAAACUGAUCAACAUGACAAUGUACGACGAACAGUUGUAUGCAAACGUCGAGGAUUUAAUAGUGUAGUUAGAUACACGUCAGCGGUAUAUGACUGACUAACAGUUUAAACACUUUGCCACAACGAGUUUCAGGGAUUAAUCAUCUUUGCCUUACACGCUUACUUGGUAGAAAUAGCCAUGUUGUGUUGAGCAAUCUUCUGUCACUCUCAGUUGAGUUUAAGAUUCAGUUAAUCUUACAUCAUUCUAAACUAGGUUACCUAUUGGUCAAAACCCUUCUUUCCUCAGCUGCACUAAAUAGUUGCAUUAGAAAACAGUACCUAAUAUGAAAACAAAGCUCUGUCUGUCUGGAUCAGAGGUUGCUUGAGAAAUGGUCUUAACGUCCAAAUGAAGAAGAGUUUUGCCUCUGUCUUAAAAUAUUCACAGACGUCUUUCUUUUACUUCUGAUAAAGUUAAAUAGAACAAUUCCUAUCAUUGACAUAUGAUUAAAUGGCGAUUGAUCAGUUUAUAAUUUCCAAACCAAACUAAAGCAUAACUAAAUUACAAACUCGGAGGCGGGAGUACACUGAAUAACAUAAUGUAAACUCUGCAAACUGUUAUAAAAACAAACAUUCCGACAGAGAAAAGGCAAAGGCAGUUAUUUCUUUCAAACUUUCAGUGAGAAAUCUAUCCAUAAUUAACAUCUUUGAUUUAAUGCUUUUCACGCGUCAAAUACAAAAAUGUGCGAGUUAAUAACGGAGUCUUGAAUACUUUACGAUAAUAAAGUGAGAAAUGAAGAGACCGAUAAACCAAGACAAUUAUCCAAAAAGUAACGUAAGCAUUUUCAAUCAACAUAAGAUUUGAAAGAAAAUUUUAAGAUUUGAAGUUAUUGGAA